UGCACAGUAGUGGGAAAGAAAACACAGAGAGAAUCAGCAUCCCGUCUCGCUGAUCCAAUCAAGAGAAUAGAGUGUGAAUAGGGGACAUGUCAUAGCUUAUAUCCUCCAUCUCUCCGUUCAAUGGACGCAGACAAGCGUGCACCAAUAAUUAAACCACCUGACAUCUCUUUUCCAGAAAGUUCAUUGUCAGGGUACCAGGGAGGAGUCCAGGAGACAGUCCACGUGUAUAUAUAACGCCUUUCAGUUAGGUGGGUCACUCAAACUUUGAACAGUUCAGUCUGAAAAUUGUCAUUGGUAAUCAGGGGAAGAUGGAAGUAGCCAUUCAACACCCUUGGUUCCGCCGUCAAUUUUUCUCCUUCUUUGGACCAAGCAGGAUCUUUGAACAGAGUUUUGGGGAUCACCUCCAAGAGGCUGAUUUGUUUCCUUCUUCCACAAUGUUUUCACCCUUUCUCUUCAGAUAUCCCUAUUUAAGGCUGCCAAACUGGAUGGAAGGUGGCUUGUCAGAGGUGAGACUAGACAAGGACAAGUUUUCUGUUAACCUCGAUGUGAAACAUUUUUCUCCUGAGGAACUCAAGGUCAAGGUGAUUGGAGAUUUUUUUGAGAUCCACGGCAAGCACGAGGAGCGUCAGGAUGAACAUGGUUAUGUCUCCAGAGACUUCCAACGAAGAUACAAAAUCCCAGCAGAUGUAGACCCUCUUUGCAUCACCUCAUCCUUAUCUCCAGACGGAGUCCUGACGGUGUGUGGACCAAGGAAACUGGGUGAUGUUCCUGAACGUUCCAUUCCCAUUACCCGUGAAGAAAAGGCAGCCAUUGGUGCUGCUCCUAAGAAGUAGAGUGUCUCAACCUUUCCAACCACCGAGGAUAACCUUCCACCCUGCCAGAGAGAGUGCGCGUACUACACUGCUAUAUGUAUUUAUUUGUGCUGUCCUGUGACCAAAUCCAAGUACUAAUGCAAAUAAAAGCAAUGAGAAGCA